GGAGCGGCCGCGGAGGUCUCGCGAGAUGUGCAGCAGAAGCGAUGGUGUAGAAGAGGGAGUGGGGAGAGGGCGAGGGGCGCCCACAAAGAUGUUGCGUGAUUUUUUGGGGGAAUUUAUUUAUUUAAAUAAUAAAAUAUAAAAAAAUGGCCGCCGCGGAGAGCGGAGAGGAGAGACUCAGAGGUGAAGGGAAGGGGGAGGACCAGGAGGGCUCUAAAGAGAAGGCGCAGAAGCUGAAGAAGAGUAAAAAGGAGCGGCAGGAUGUGGAGAGACCCGAGGCCACCGUCUCAGCGCCUCCCACCAUCACCGUCCCGGCCCCGGCUCCGGCCCCGGCACAGGCCGAAGAGGGACACAGAGCAGAGGCGGGGCAGUCCGAGCCCUCGGCUCACGAAGGCACUCCAGAGACUUCUUCCUCCUCCAAGCAGCGGCGCUCCAUCAUUCGGGAUCGGGGUCCGCUGUACGAUGACCCCUCGCUGCCCCAGGGCUGGACACGCAAGCUGAAACAGAGGAAAUCCGGGAGAUCCGCUGGCAAAUUCGACGUCUACCUGAUCAACCCAGAAGGGAAAGCCUUCCGUUCCAAAGUGGAGCUCAUGGCAUACUUCCAAAAGGUGGGAGACACCUCCACGGACCCAAAUGACUUUGACUUUACGGUCACAGGGCGGGGUAGCCCCUCUCGGAGGGAGAAGAAACCGCCAAAGAAGCCAAAAGUGGUCAAACCUUCAGGGCGGGGGAGAGGCCGGCCGAAGGGAAGCGGGAAGGUACGGCAGGUCACGGAAGGCGUUGCAAUGAAACGUGUGGUAGAAAAGAGUCCAGGGAAACUUCUCGUCAAGAUGCCCUUUGUAGCCCCAAAAACUGAACCAGGAUCGCCUUCGGGCCAAGUUCCUGUCGCCAAACUGCGUCCGGGGCGCAAGAGGAAAGCGGAGAAGGAGCCACCGAGCGCCCCCAAGAAGCGCGGCCGUAAACCUGCAGCCGCUGCCCAGGCUGCCGCUGGGGCGAGUGCCAGUGUGGCAUACGCGGCCGCUGCCAUGGUCUCAGCCGAGGCCAAGAAGAAACUGCAGAAGGAGGCUGCAGCCAAGCCUGUGCAAGAGAAGGCGCUUCCUAUUAAGAAGCGCAAGACGCGGGAGACCAUAGAGGAGACUGAGGGAUCCACCAGCACCGCAACUGAAGGGACUGUGCCAAGUAGUGGCAUGAGCCAAACAGUGGCUAAGAGACCUACGGUGCAGACGCCUCCGCCGCCGCCACCGCCUGCCGUAGCGGAGUCUGAAUCAGGACAGAAGCCUCACAAACACUCGAGCAGGAAGCACAAGGAGACGCAUGAUCCCGGAAACGGAAGCAGUGGGAGUGGCAGCAGUGGACCGAAGAGCCACAAGAAGAAAGAUCAUAGAGGGCAGCACCUUAAACAUCUUCACCACCACCAUCACCACCAUCACCAACACCACCUGCCGGUGAUGGAGCCUUCCACGUUCACCCCACAGGCCCACCAGCUCUCCCUCGGCCAUUCAACGCAAGGGGGGCCCCCGGCGCCUGUUCCUCUGCCCAUUCAGGUGGAGAAUGAGCCCCAGGACUUGAGCACUUCCAGGCCCAGGCAGGAGCCACUGCAGGCCUGCCGGGAGGAGGCUAGAACCGACAGCCGCAUGGCCAGAGACACUCCAGCAGUUGGUAAGAUGGUGGCAGUAGAGCUGCGAGCCCAACAGCAGCAGCAGCAGCAACAACAACAGCAGCAACAGCAGCAGCAGCAGCCGCCGCAGCAGCAGCACGGCACUGUGACGGGCGACGGGAAGGAGCUGAGAGACAUUGUUCCUCCCUCUGCCGUUCCCAGGCCAAGCCGGGAAGAAACGGUGGAGUCCAGGACACCUGUGAGUGAACGCGUGAGCUGACUGACUGACUGACAGACAGACAAACUGACCAAUCAGCAGUGAUGGCUGCAGGAAUAGAGGCACUCACAGGGGGAGGAGUCAUUUUUCGGUUUUUCUUUCUUGGUAUUUUUUUUCUUCUUUUUUCUAACAGAGAAAAAAAAAACUACAAAAAUACACAGAAAAAUGUAAAACGUACUUAUACAAAAGGCAGCUGUUGUGUCUAGUUCUCUUUGUCAGUUGGACGCAGAGCGAUGACUGUCGCUGGCGUACUGCUUUCGGAUGAAUUCUUAGACGGUUUCUUUACUUUUACCCGUUUUCAGUUCUUGAAGAUAAUAUACAGAGCUUAGGAACCAUGUGUUAUACCUUCGUCAAAGCUUCUAGGUAAAAUAGCAAGACACUGAAAUAGCAAUGGAUGCACAAGUUGUAGUUCAUGGUGAAGUUUUAAAACUAACCUUUUCCCGCCAAAAUGCUUUUAAAUAAUCAGUUGUCACAGUUGUCAGCCCUAAAAGCAAAAGUCCCAUUGUUUGAUUCUGUCAUCUUUAACCUUUUUUUCCUUCAUUUUGUAGAAGUGACUAAUAGGUGAAGGCAGUCUGGCUGGCUUCAUGAAGAGUGUUAAGGGAAGUUGAGGGUGGGAGAAAAAGGGCCAUGCUGCAACUCCCUCACCUGUUUACACAAAUACGGACACGAGCUGCAGCCCUGUCCACAGCCCUGUCCACAGCGGUUUAAAGCAGAGAGGCUAGUCAGACAGCCACAGACAACAACUUCCCACCGGUGGGAUUUGCAGGAUGGGAAGACAAAUGCGUUUUUUUUGUCCUGUUGGCCUGUGAAGAUCUUCGAGACAUCAAUCAUGUUUUAGGAUGACUGAUUGAGUUGUGAACCCACUCGUCUUUUUCUCUGUCCCACUGGUAUUUUAAGUGCAGAGACUUGGAAGGAGAUUUCUUGAAUGCUGAGUAAUGUAAUUAACCUUGCCACCCAUUUCAGUAAUGCAGGAUAGAAGGCUACUAUAGUAGAGUAGAAGAGGAGUUCUGUCUGAUGGGGGUUUUGCUACGGGGAGGAUAAAGCACAAACGUGUUUGUGAGGGGCCGCUGAAAGCACAGUCCAAAGGAGUGCAUGAAGUGAAGAAAUGAGCAAAUCAUUUAACUUUUAAAUUCUAAAGUAGUGAAUUCUAACAUAUACAUAUAUGUUUUAUUCCCUCCUUUAUUUUACAUUUAUUUUUUAUUGUGUAACAUGUUUCACUGUUAGAUGAUGUGAAUUUGGCACUUUUUCUGUACAUUGUUUAAAACAAUUUAUGAAGAACGGACCAAUAGAUAUGUUUCAAAAUUAAUUGGAUUUUUCCAGUUCUUUUAUAUUGAUUUACAUUGAAAGUUACAAAGAUUUUCCUUUACCAGUUUAGCUGUAAAGUUGCUAUUUUGGAGAUGCAAAAUCAUUAUCAUUAUUAUUAUUAUUAUAAAGGAGGGAAAAAAAACAUUAUGAACACAUCAAAAUCAAAAGUGUGUAUGGUUUAAAAAUGUAGCCGAUAUUUUUGUUUGUUUGUUUGUUUGUUUGUUUGUUUGAUCGUUUCUUGUGGUGAUAGAAUAGACAAAUAUAUAAAAGUUGAUAUGAACGGAAGACACAACACAUCUUCUAUAUAUAUAUAUAUACUCAACUUUUCUGCAAGCUACGUUGGAGUGCUGCAGGUUUUAACGCAGUAAAAGGCGUGGCUGUUCGUUGCAGCAUCUUUUAGAAUACGCUUUUUUUUUCUGACAACUAAAGGGUCAUCAAGCCAUGCUCAGUGUUGCUGCCUGACAGCCAUGUGGGACAGUUUCCCAUAUAUCUGGUGUGGGGGAGACUUCACAUGUUACACAAUCCUGUUUCUUUUGUUGCGUUCGUUUACAUGUAACGUUGUAUUGCCAUAGUAUUGUGUUUGUGGUCUAAUAUAAUAGCUUUUUAAAAAAAAAAAAAAAAAGAAUGUACAGGGUCCUACUCUUGUAUGUAGCCAUACAAGACCCAAAGCCGACAUUAGCUUAAACACUGCAGAAAAUGAUAUCUUAGCAAGCAAAUCCUCCAGACCUGGAAGUCUGGACCAAAUGCUGCCUUCAUGUGCACCUCAGACACUCGUACUUGUGAGAGCUGUAAGAUAAUUUGUAUUUAACACAAUAGAGUGAGGUGGAUGUCUACAGUGAACACACACACUAAACUACUUCUUAUCCUGGAAAAAAUGAGUGUAGCCAAGCUAAAUUCCGGAAACCUAUGAGGAGUUUUUUAAGACUAAUUUAAGAUCUUAAUUUAUUGUGUUCCAUAUCAAUACCAAGAUAUUCAACAGUGUUGUGGAUGAGAUUAAGGUAUUUAUUAACAGAAAGAAGCUGUUGCUAUAAAUUUAUCAUUUUUAUAGCCACUCCCCCAAGUUGGAGCUUAUUCAUUUAAGAGGAUUGCCUGCUUUAACGUGUCCACUGUAUAUCUGACAGGUCAUAUUAAUACAAUACAUACAAUAACCUUCCUGUUAUUGGUCCAAAUAUCCAAAUCAUCCAAAAAAAAAAAAUGUUCACGCAGCAAACAAACCAAAUUGAGGUUCAUUUAAUCUGGACUGAGGCCACUUCUUUUGGUGCUUUGUAGCACCUUUCACACCUGCUAGCUGACCUAAAGAUCAGAAGGUGUGGAGCAAGCAAAGUAGGUGUGAAGGCACCCCAAAUAUCUGGCAUUUAUAAUUUUUUUAAGCAAUUUUAUCUAUAUCUAAUAGUAUCUUGUCCUGUUGGUAAGUUUAUGAGUUAACUAAAUUAUAUGAGUAAAAAGAACAGAUCAUUUAUCUUUUAUUAUGAAAUAAUGCUUAAAACGGGCAUUAUAAUCUACCAGUGGAAUGAGACACCCUAGAAUGAAUAUAUAGUUGCUCAAAAUAAACUAAAAGACAAAUUAGGAAUGUAUUAACGUUACAUAAUUCUAUUAAUAACAUGUAAAAAAAAGAAAAAUAUCAGCUAUUUAGACUAGAUUGAAGAAGAUUUCUGAUUCUGACAUUGCUAAGAUAUCAUUUUUUGCAGUAAGCAGUUAGGAUCAUAGAUGAAGGUUAAAGGUGGAGGAAUUUGGUGAUUUGAUUGGGAAAUACUUGUGCACUUGGGAUGAAAGUCGAUCCCAAAGGAAUUUUGAAUGAACCAAACAGUGGAGGUUGGUUUUCAGCUGUGUAAAGCUCUAGCUAUACUGACACCUUAACAGAAGCACUUUUAUUAUAAUAUAAUAACAUUACAUUUCAUAUUUCUAUUCGAUUCUAUUUGACUGAAAGCACCUUGUAUUUAAGAAGUAAAACUUCUUUUUUUUUAAAUAUAUAAACAUGUCAUGAUCUGACUAUUGAGAUGAGAGGAAGUGACUCUCUCAUAUAUUUCAUAGUCCUGUUGGUUUGCCUCGCAUUAAAUCAUAAUUAAUUCACAUUUUUUGUCUCGUUUCCGGAGGAUGAUGGAGUGAAAGAAUUUGCAUACUGACAAUAGUAGUAUGGUUUCUUUCUUUUUUUUCUGCCCCUGCUUACUCCCAGAGCUGUGCAUAAAAUAUGCGUAAAGCAGAGCAAGGUUAAUGAUUUGUGAUUGAUGAGAGAAGUCUUUGAUUGUGCUUCGUUUCCAGUCACAGAUGAUCUAAUUGCAGAUCGUUACAUCCAGUAAUCAAACAGCUGAGGCAAUUUAGCAGCUCUGCUGUCUCUUAUCUGCCGGUUCUUUUGUUGCGUUGAGAAAAUACGCAAACGGCACAUCUGUGCUUGGGUGAAAUUACAUUCAGAACAUUGCAGGUCUGUCUUUUAUACAGGUUCACAAAGUGGACUGGGCCACAAGACAACUGCCUAAAAGCAGAGAUUUGAGUUUUGCUAUGAUACAGGUAGCAUGCUAUUCAUGGAUGCUUCCUGCCUGAUUAUUAUUAUCUUUUUUUAUGUACAAUGAGUUGGGAAGCCAUUAAUACAAAUUAUGCAGCGUUCCUUUUGUUCUCAGAUGUCGGAAUUCCCUAGUGCUUAGUAUAAAAUUGAUCUGGAAUGCUCCUACAGGUCAGAUUAUGUCUAAACAGCCUCACCAACUUCAAGAAUCAGUUGGUUCAGAAUCCAAUAUGGCUGUUCUGCAGAUUAACCCUGGUAAAAGUAGCAGUAGUGGUAGUAGUAUUAUUCAGUAUAUUAUCACUUCUGUCUGUUUGUGUCUCAUUUAAUCAAUCAUAGGCACAGUACUGUCCAACUUCUAUCUGAUGACAUCUUGUUUUCAUGGAAUUUGGGUUUGCAAAAUACUGUGUAAUGUGUAUAUCGCUAAUAAUGCUGACUUGGGACUGUGCUAUCAUGCUAUCAAUGAUAGCUGAUCUCUGAAUGUUUAAAUGACGUCCAGCAUCCGAGGUAAAUGGAACGCAGCAUAAGAGCUAAAUAAAGGCCAAAUCAAAUGGAAUUCAGCACAUUUUUUAAGGACUAGGAAUAGGAUUAGGCCUGUCACGAUAAUUACAUUAUCGACCUAUUGUAAAAUAUAUGGAUCAUUUAUGCUCUUUGUGUUUUUCUUAGCAAGGAGAGCCCAUUAAUUUGAAUCAGCUGUUAUGUGUGAUAUAAAAUAUAUAUAUAUUUUAAUUAAUAUUUUAUUUGCUUAGAGUUUUUAAAAAUGUUUAUAUUCCAAUGCCAGUGUUGAAAUAUAAUUAAAAAUUAAGGAUUAAUAGUUCAUUCUGCUUUUUAAAGGUGUGUAAUGGCAUUACAAUAUUAUAUUAUAUUAUGUAAUAUGAUCAUUAUUAUAUCAGCUGCAUGAAAUGGUUACAGUUAACAUGAGACAGAAUUCCUAAGACAGAAUAUAUCGCCCAGACAAAACAUGUUAUCAGGUUAUCGUGACAGGCCUAAGUAGGAUGAUGUUUUAGUGUGUUGUUGUGAUUUGCGAUAUAAAUGCAUGCCAUAGAGAGCUAUGAAUGCAGGCAUUCUGUUUUUUUACUGAAUAGAAUCCUGAUUUUUUUUUUUUUUUGGGGAGAAUGAUAGACUUGUUUAGCUCUGAUAUUGUUUAGGUACAUAUAAUCAUGUCUUAUUUGUUUUGCUUUAUUGCUUCCCUCAAGCAAAAUUUCCAGUAAAACAAAACAAACAAAAAAUGAAUCAUUUUAUCAGCCUCUUGUCAAAGGCUUAGAAGUGGUCCUCAUGUUCCCUCCUCAUCCCUCGGUCUCCUCUCCACCUCGACCCUCGCCAGCAGGGAAGGGGCACAGAGAAACUAGAGAGUUCGCAUUCUAGAGAAAAGGGCUAUGCAAUAUUUUCAAAUAGACAAAAGCGAUGGAUCAUCUGAUAGAAAUGGCCAACUAAAAAAUUUACAUAAAAAGGGCCUUACUGGGAAGAAAGAUGCAGUCUGUAUUGCUCUGCAACUGGGUUAACUGCCUGAAGAGUCACGCAUCUUCAGACGCACCAGCUCCAGCUCACCUCUGUCCAGCAGCCCACCUGUUUCAGUAGCCAUGAGCCUUGUUGCACCAGGAUCGGAUCUGUUCUGUAUGUUCUAAUUGGUUCAGAUAUUGUCCUAUGUUCUCCUUAAUUUGGAAUGCCAAAUAACCCACCCACUAAUUAGGACCCCCCAUACCAUCGAAAGCAAUGCUUCGAACACUAGAAAGGCAAAGACUAAAGCAGUUUUCACGUUGCAAGCGGUAACCGCACCAGUGUAUUCCGACACCCAUUGGGUUCAGUUGUUUCCCCAGUGUCAGAGCAGUGUGGAAAUAUGUGUGUUUUCACACCAUUAACCACGUGUCCACCAUGCUACUGCUUCUACUGCGUCAAGUGGCACCGCAGCAGAUAACGUGUGACGUCAACUCAUGCGACUAAGAAAAAAAAACAAGAAAAAAGUGUUGAAGUACCUUGAAGUGACAUUAUUACACUCCUCUACACUCAUAAACAGAUAACAGAAGAAAGAAAAGAAUCAAAGCUUUUUUCUGACGUUGAAAGACCGAUACUAGAUGAUACUACAGAUGAUGCAGCUACACCACACACCAAAAUACUGGUGUCAGACGUGACGUGUUUUCGAAAACCAUGCCUGUUAUCAGCAGGUGAAGCUUGGUGUCACUGUCAGCAACACCAAAGUGCAACCACAAUUGGCCAGAAUCCAGCAGAGCAGAAAGAAUCGUGGCAUACCGCAUGCAAUGUGAAAAUGCCUUAAGACGUGCCAUUUGGAGGAAAGUGUCGGAUCCCCAGCACUGAUACUUUAGCUAACAGACGCCUGUGCUGACGAAAAUCACACUAGUAGUGAUGAGGGGCAAGAGCACAGCCAGUCGAUCCCUCUGACUCUGGCUGCUGAUGGCCACAUUUGAACCGGCAGUCCUCAUCAUAUCAUAUCAUACUUAAAAAUUCUAAAGCUGAAUUAAAUUAUUAAAGCAUGAAAUACAAAUUUCAAAUUAUUAGACAUGGCACAAAUAAAAUUUCCGAGCACUUCAGCUAAGCUCAGAAAGCAAGCAAGCUGAUUGGUAAUUGGUUUCAAAAGCCAGAAACAGCAGGAAAGCUGAUGAUCCUGAAUCAGUGCUUCAAUGCUCGUGAGCGUCGAUGCAUGUGGUCUGCAAGAACAGAGCGAGAGCAUCGAGCACUCACUUAGCCAACGGCAGACGACGCGGCUGACCUACAUGCGCUAAACGCCGUCGUCUCCGUGGUCUGACUAACCUGGGAGGAGAGGCCGUAGGAGGAGGAGGCUGGAGGACUACAGCUUUGAGUCAGCAAGCACAGCCAGAGAUAAUAUAUCCACACAAGCAUGCACACGUAAAGCACCCUGACAUUCAACGAGGGAAAAUAAAUCAGCCCAAGAUUACAUAAAGAAAAAACUCCAGACACAAAUGUUCAGGGGUCAUGACCCUGUUUGUUGAGGGAAGGCGGCAACAACGACAGUGUUGCAUCCUUGUAAAAAAAAAAAAAAGUACUGGCAGCAGUUUGUCUGUUUGUCUGUGUGUUGCUAUGAGUGGGUAGUGCCUUUAUUUUGAGGGAACGUGACCAAGGUGGCCUUUGAUCUCUCGCUCUAUAUAUAUAUAUAUAUAUAUAUAUAUAUAUAUAUAUAUAUAUAUAUAUAUAUACAUAUAUGUAUAUAUUAAAAAGAAAGAAACUCCUUUAUCAUAUAAAAAACUAAAAAGAAGUAGACUGGUUGGGCUGAUUUGGUAAUUUUCACAAAGCACUGAGAUUUGUGCUUUAAUCUUUGCUGUAAGUAUAAAACUAAAACUAUAUAAAAAAUAUCAUCCUUUUCUUUGUUCUUUUUCAUCAGCUGGUCUCCUCCAGGUCUUUUUUGUCUCCUUCAUGCAAAAGUUGUAUCCAUGUAACAUUAACUACUUAAGCGAAGUCAUUUAUUUAUGCCUUUUGUAGCACUCGAUGCCCACUGUCAAAAAUAUGGAGUCCUACAAGAAAAAUAAGACUUACAGAUUUACAUUUAUUUAUCUGUUUUUGUGCCUCUGGCAGACAAAUAUGCUAUGGAAUGUCCUUGUGUCCCUGUAGCCAAAAAUACAUGCUAUGUAUGUGAACAUGUAUCAAUAUGCAUGAUUGCCAUUAGAAGGUAGUACAUUGCUUGCCCUUUACUAUUCUUCGUAACGACGUUUUCGGGACGACACUUCUCUCCAAGAGCUGAGCCGAACCAUCUGGCCAUAAAAAAAAUCUUUGAGGGUAGAUUAACGAGAGCUUGAACGCUGAACGAGUUCGGAAAACGACAAGGUCACCUGUUUGUGCAAUUAAGUAAAAAAUAUAAAUAAAUACAAAAAAAAAUUGAUAAACAAAAAUUAACAAAAUGUGGAAAAAAAGAUAAAGUCAGUUCUUUUUUCAGCAGUUUUGUUGGACAGGAAUAUUUUUUGAGUUACGUUUUUCUUUUUAUUAUUAUUAUUAUUAUUAUUAUUAUUAUUAUUUAUUUAAUUUUAUAUGUUACGACCCCGCUUGUUUAUAUAACCAAUUAAAGAAGGUGAAGAAGAAGAUGAUAAUGAUGGUUAUUAAUAGUGAUAAUGGUUCCACACAGGCUCCUAAAGCUAUUACUCUAGUCCCCAAUGCAGUGGCAAAAGUAUUCCAAGUAAAUUAUUAUUAUUAUUAUUUGUGAAUCUUAGUGUUGGAAUUUUAAGCCAAUGUCAGGAGUAGACUAUUUUACCUUAAAAGCAAUAGUAUAUUCAGUAGAUCUGAUUUGCGUUUCUGUCAUUCUUGUGUCUUUAGAUUGUGUGCACUGUUAUAUAUUUAAAGAAGAGAAAAUAAUAAUAAAAAAAAUGUAAAAUUGAAUUCUUACUACUAAUGCCUGAAGUACAAAUUUUAAUUUACCAGUAAGUACCUGAAUUUAACUACAGCACUUCAGCUAAGCUCAAAGCAAGCAAGACUGAAAGAUGAAGGUCAAACAAAGUCACAGAGUCCAGUUCAGCUACAGGAAAUAGGUUCCAAACUUCAUCGGUAGAAAGUUCAUGGUCUAUUUGACAUAGUCUUGUGCCUUGAAGUUUCAGUAAUAGAAAUUUAUCUUUAUACCGUAGUUGUAUUUUUAUUCUGAGUCCUGUGUUUUGCCUCUUGUUGGUAUUCAGUGCUUUGGGUGUGUUAAGGAUUUCUAGAGAUCAGCGAUACGUUUGCCUUGUUUUAUUUUCAUACGGGGGGAAAAAUGCGCAUUUGGAAUAAAUUAGGAAAAACCUUCUUGGGCAAUAUCGACUGUGUAAAAGGUGAUAGGAUCUUGGUAUUUUUCAUCCCUGGUAUGUUGAAUGUGUCUCUCGAGUCGGGUGACGUGUGUUUGUCGGGAAAUGUUCUUCUUCAUUUUAACAUCGCGAGUUACUCGUCAUUAGAGCCUGCCUCAAACUGUAUCUUCCAACCACAAUUUUGCAUUUUAUGAAAGGAAUAUUUCAACCACGACUGGUGACAAUGAAUUAAAAGAUCUGCACUUUAUAAAGUAUGUUUCCUGGCAGGACACCCAUUAACGUUUUGUAUGUAUUUUUUACCGUUGUCCGAAGUUGCUGUUUUUUUUUCAUAUGUUUUGAUUUAGUUUGAAAUAAAAGGGAUGGGUAGUACUAUGUAUCUUCAAAGACAAAAAAAAAAUAAAAAUGAGAAAAAAAAAGUAUAUUAUUAUUAUUUUAACCAAACAAUCCUACAGCCUAGGUGUCACUGGUUACUCACCAUUUGCCAAUUUAAGUCCUUGCCUUCCUGAAAGUGAAAAGUAUAGUUUGUGUCUACUUUUAUAGUAAUGUGUUACUGUAUUAUUUGUUUGCCGUAUGUAACAGAUACACAACAGUAAACAACAUUUACCUUC